AUGAGUUCCGAUGCCGCUGGGUCGAUAUUCCCUAAUGGGAACACACGAGAAGAGAUUCGCGAGAGAUUCAACAGACCGGUCGCAAACUCUGGUAGAGACGGCAACGCAUCAUCCAUGCCGCCUCCAGCAUACUCUCCGCCUCCUGCGUACACCUACCUGCCAAACAGUCGUCAGAGGGCACCACCGCCUUGGAAUUACUCCUACCCUAAUAUGGGCCCGAGCCGACAACCUUACCCGGGCCCGUAUCCUGGAUAUCCCGGCUAUAGAUAUAGCUCAAUUUGGCCUCCGCCAGCAGCGCCUUCCAUGGCGCCUACGAUGAUGCCAAAUGCUCCUCCGGGUAAUGCAUUUGGUCCCCCCUACAUGCCACCACUUCCCCAUGGUCCCGGGAAUGCGCAUACUAACCCAUUUGUCUACCUCGCGCACCACUCUCCCAGAAGCGCAUUUACUAACUACAUGGCUGGACACCGGGGCGGUCACCAACAACCUGCCGGCUACCGACAAACUCCUGGUCCCCAACAAGGCGCCGGCCCCCAGCCCCCUAUUCCAACGGCCCAGCCGAACUUAAACGAGCGACCCGAUGACAUGUACUUCUGGACGGAGCAAGACCUCAUCAGAUGGAUGUCGGACAUCUACCGGCCGCUGGCGGGAGUCAUCGGGCGCAUCGUCCAGAAGGAACUACGCCUGGGAGAGCAGCCCAAGGUCAAGUUCGAGCUGUACCCCGUGCGCGUGGACGACUACACCGGAGAGCCGGACAUGGUACCGCAGACGAUGUCGCGCGGGCCCAUUUACCAGAUCACGCUCCCCGCCGCCAGCGGCCGAACCGUCGCCGACCUCGAGAGGGUGCGGGAUGCGCUGCGGGACGAGCUCGGCGUGCAGCCGAACCCGUGGCACAAGAUGGUCGGGUUCGUGUUCCGGAUCUCGCGGCGCGGGCGGGCGGGCGAGCACGCGGCCGCCAAGCGCUCCUGGGUCCCGCCCACGUGCGUCUACCGCUUCUCGCGCACCCAGCGGUGCUACGUGGCCCGGCACGUCACGCCCGCGCUCGACGGCAUCAAGGAGCUCGAGAAUACCUUCGACCACGGCGACGACAGCGACGACGAUCAGGACGACCUGGUCAAUGAGAUGUGGAGCGACGUGCGGCGCCGCAGCUACUUUGCGCUUGCGCCUGCGCAAGCGCAAAACCAAGCGAAUGACUACAUGUAG